AUGCAGCAGCUCAAGACUCCGCCCACCUUAAAGCUCUGUUACCUGGCAACGCGUAAACUUUCAAGAGCAGUGGGAGGCAACCAAACAAAUGCACCUCCGCCAGGCUACUUGGCGUUUACUUUUAUAGUAUUGAAUACAAUGUCGAAGACACAGCCAAAGAAAAAGGACUCCUCUUCCAGCAAAGUGUCUUUAUCCGACCGACAGACAGAAGCAACGUCUCAGGUAGCCACGUCCUCUGAGAGCCUGGGAGGUGUGUGGAGAUGCAGAUUUCCCAUUUGGCCUGAGUGGAAUGAUACAGAAGUCAGCAAAGAGAAAUGGGAUUCAAGCAAAGGAGCUGAAGAUGGAAAGAUGACAAAGAGUCCCAAUGCUGUAAAUCCGUUCUUUGAAGAUCCCGAGGGUAAAAUUAGCUUGCCUCCAUCUUUGCGAGUACACUCCUGGAAGCGCCCUACAGAAUUUAUUGUCAACAAGGGUCCUACUGUGUUUGAGAAUCAUACCACCUUCGACCUGAUCUCCUCUAAUGGUCACCUGAUUUGCAGUGAGCUGAUGAGGUGGAUCAUCAGUGAGAUCUAUAUUGUUUGGACGCUGUCUAACAGUGGAGCUAUAGAGCAAAAUGGCUGGAGACCUUGGGAGCAUAUCUACUCACUGUGCAAGGUGGUAAAAGGUCAUGUGCCGCUCUACAACAACUACGGGAAAUAUGUGGUCAGACUCUAUUGGAUGGGUUUUUGGAGGAAGAUAACAGUGGACGAUUCCAUGCCAUUUGACGAAGAAAACAACCUGCUUCUCCCUGCCUCCACCUGUCAGUCAGAGCUGUGGCCAAUGCUGCUGGCUAAGGCUCUCAUUAAAGUUGCCAACACAAAUAUAGUGUCAGAGGUCUGCGGGGAGAUGGGUGAGUUCACCUUUAUACACACCCUCACCAGCUGGAUCCCAGAAACCAGUCCCAUUAAGUCUGUAUACCUGGGAAAAGUGUGGGAUUUCUUGCGAGACAGCAUUCCCAUAUUUACACACCCGGACGACAGUUUGCCAGAGACGAAGCCUCAGACUGCAUGUCCAGCUGCAGGGAGGGAUUCCAGCCUAACCAACAGCAAGAGUACCCCCGAGGUAGCAGUGUGUGCUAGCUACUACCCAUUUCAGCUGCAUAACAAUUCCUCUGGGUUUGGUCUAAUGGCUAAUUCCUCAGAGUUUCUACGUCGGUAUGGCCUUUCUUUGCUGUACAGCCACAUUGUCCUCUUGACCAGAACCCGGGCAUGCCCGCUGGAGGCUCUACCCAAACCACCCCCAGUGCCCCAAUGGAAACUCAUCCGCCAGCGCAAGGAGAUUGUGAUCACUGAUGAACCACGGAAGCUCCCUUUGUCAAAACCAGAGCAGUUCAUCGAGGUUGCCAGCCCUUUUCUUUCCGACUGUGUCAAGAGCAGCGUUGGCCCAAUCCCAGAGCUUGAGGCCAAGCAGAGCGCUCAGGGGAAGCAGUGCUACGGAUCCCCUAUGGUGUCGAUUGCUGAGAGAGAGGAGACUGAAUGCCGAGAAGGCCUUGAGCCUGAUGCAGCUGAACGCACCACUAACUCAGCAAACAGCACUGACAAAACAGAGGUUACUGCAGAGGACAGGAAAAAGGACGAUGAUGACAUCUCUAAUGAUGGGCCCAAAACUGCUCUGAAGGAACCCGUGACUGAAGAACCUUCAACUCCUAUCAAACAGAUCCUGCAGGAGACCUGGGUGGAUCUCGAUGACUUCGCUAAAUGCUUCCAUACUCUCUUGGUGUUCCAUAAGCCACAAAACUACCCACACCACUUUCAGAAAUCUCACUUUAAGAGCACCGUCUUGUCCAAAACUGCAACAGGCAACAUCUGCACUGGAUCGUCUUCACACUCUCUUACCAGUGGAUCCCUCCAUGUGUCAUCUGCUUUGGCAAGCCCAGAAUGUUCAGAGGUGAGAGGCACUCACUACAUGUGUGUGGACAGCCUGCAACCUUCCCAGAUCCUCAUCAGCUUCUCCGCUCUGCUUCUCUGGGGGGAGACAGCCGAGGAGAAAAAGGAAAUGUCGUGUAGGUCUGCAGUUCUGCUUGCCCAGCCGUACUCCUGGAAGAACCUGCAAUCUCAGCUGCCAGUUCUCACCAUCAAGACCACCUCCUCAAAGGCAGUCAUGCUUAGCUUACCCCCGGGGCGCCAUGUUUUGUCCAUCCACACCAAGGCAGCACUGGGCUACCACCUCCACCUUUGCAGCAAGACACGUUUCAUCUUUGGGGAUGAAGAAACCAUUAUGUCAAACCUUGCUAAGGAGAGUGCUCGUUUCACUGAGCAGGCUUUGUCCAUCCUGAGGGCUCUGUCCAGAGUGGUGGCUCUCUUUAGUGAUGAGCAGGACCAGCCAGCAGCUAGAAGAGCCCUGGAAGAGGCACAUUGUCCCAAAAACAUCAACAUUACCCUGGCAAAAUGGAAACACCACAAGGUGUUUAACUCAGCAGUCUACCACAUGCUGUGUGAGGCUCUGGGCAGGAAGCUGACAGGAGAGGAGCGGUUUGCUGUACUGGCCCUCACUGCUGAUCCUUCACUCUUAACAGCUGAAACCAAAGAACACUCCCUUGAAAUGGAUGCAGAGUCAAAGCCUCCAGAGAGCUGGAGAGACAGGCAGCCAACAGUCAAGGAGGUCAAGGCAGUCACCAUCCUGCAGGCUGGAUUCAAAGGGCACUUGGGGCGAGAGAUCCUUAAUGCCUCUAAACCUGGCACGAAGGAGAACCUCCGUGCAUCAAAGAUCCUUUGCGACAUGUGGCCGAAGGUUGAAUCUGAUGCAGCCAAAUAUGCUGCCUUCUUGCUAUGGUAUGUCAUUGACCACUCUGAGAGAAAAGCCGAGCUCUACCCCUGUCAGCAGGAUGAAUGGACCAGAAUCACAUUUAGUGAUUACUCUGUCUCCCUUCCAGACACAGCCAACUCCUGGGUCUUGGUCUUCAGAGAGGUGUUCCUGGUUCCAAAGGAAAUGUUGCUGGUCCCAAAAGUGUACUCUCCAAUCCCAAACUGUCUGCUGCACGUCAUAAAUAAUGACACAGGAGAGGAGCUAGACAUGGUCUUCAACAAAGUAGUUCCACAUGUCUAUCAACCCAAUAAGCUUGGUUAUACCUUUGUAGCAGAGGUAAUCACACCUGAAUCACCCCCUGAUGGUACCAAGUGGAGGAUGCGCUUGAUUGGCUCAAGGGAACCUCUUCCAAAACUGGCCCGAGAGACUUCGCUCAACAUGUUUUCUGUGAAGGAAUUCCGGGAUUAUUACAUUCCCAAUGAUAAAGACUUGAUAUGCCGUUACACUGUGCAGGUGACAGCAGAUGUCCUGGGAACAGUUCAGUUUCAGACAUCCAAGCCAGAUGUACUGAUACGUCUGUCUAUUCUGGACCAGGAGAGAGAGGUGGUCAGCAACACCGGGAAAGGCCAUGUAGUGAUUCCUGUGUUCAACUUCAUGGCCAACAAAGGUGAGCAAGAGCAUAACCAGAAAGGAUGCCCCACCCAGGACAAGGGAGUCAAGAUGGUCGACGCUCCCCGGCAAAGAGAUGGGGAGGACUGUGCGGCUGGGAAAUCAAACUCUUCGUCUGACCUGUACCAGCCUCCCACGGAGACGACGGGUCAUAAAUAUGUGGUAAAGGCAGAAGUGCUUUAUAAGAGCUGGGAUUUGGAUGAGUCUCAGCUGGCUUUUGUCCGUAUGCUCAGAGACUUGGAGAAGAAUGAAAUGAAAGUAUACAAGCUUGAGGACUUGAAGCGUUCAUCCACCACACCAAGCAACGAUGGGCAGAAGUCUGACACACCCAAAGCCAACCGCAAAGGCGACAGUGACAAGGAGAAGGGGAAGCCAGCUGCCAGCUCCAAAUCUGGCUCCAGGCUAGGAACGAGCCUUGACCUGACCAAGCCCAACUGGACACUGCGUGUGGUCGGUGACAAAAGCAAAGCAGAGAGCAUUGUGGUGAAGAAGGACACAGAGAGAAUAGACCAAAUCAAGGCCAUUAAGAAAGCAUGGGAAAUGGCUGAACCAGGCCGCUUAGCCAAGGCUUUCCAGUCUCGUCUCAAGUUUCUUAACCAAGUCCAAAAUCAAGCAAGUGAUGAAGCUACAGCUGAUGAUGCUGGUUCUUUUACAGCUGCUACCACACCUGGUCCUGACCCCUCUCUCUGUACAUCCGAACAAAAACUGAGUGAUACCUCACAGUGUCAUCCUCACAUGGACUACACUUCCUUCUUAAGACAGCAAAAGGAUUUUCCAUCCCUGAUGGACUCCCAGAUCGAGGAGAUCCAGCAGAGGGAGCGCUUAGAAAAGAUCCAGACCUUCCGUUUGGGUCGAGACAAUGUGCUGGAGCACCGGAAACAGCAGGAGCUCAAUAGGAAAGAGCUAAUGAGACGGCAGUUGGAGAUGUAUGAAAACAUGCAGGCAGCCUUGUGGCAGCGCCGUAAGAAAUUCCUUGAUGCUUGUGAAGCAUUUAGUAGCCGUCAGAUGGCAGCCAUGAAAAAGGAACAAGAAGAGAAACAAGCUCUGGAGGACGCCCAGCAGGCAGCUCAAGAAAAAACAGUCCCCACCUCUGCUGCCAAUAAGCAGCCCAACAAAGGUGCCAAGAGUGCUGGCAAGAAGAAGUGA